CACCAUCCCGCACUCAUCCACUCCUCCCACCAUCUCGCCAUGUUCGCCCUCCGCCUCGGGCGUCUGCGUUCGGCAACGGCGCUCCGAGGCCAAGCAUUACUAUCCUCCCGUCCUCUCCCUUCCCCCCUCUCUCGGUCCCUGCAUGCCACCCCGGUCGCAGCGAAGAAGGUCAUCAAACGCUCCUCGCUCACACCAACACAGCGCAAGGCGUUGGCGAAGCAGAGGGAAUUAGCAAAGGCUAUUGCGCAAGAUGACGGCUCCGUUCUUCAGCGAAUGCAGCCCAAUGCUCCGCCUGUCACCAAUACCGAGCUCACCCUGGGCGAUCUCGAACGAUUCAAGCCGAGCCGCAUGCCAGCGCCGCUGACGGGCUCCGAGACUCCCAAUCCCCGCUACGCGACGCGGUACGCCGAGCUGGAGAGGAAUCUCAGCUAUGCCUUCCGGCGAGACCAGGUGGUCAAGCUUGCGGCCUUCGUCGGCGUCCGUGUGCGUGCAGGAGAGACCAAGUUUGACCUUGUGCGACGCGUCAUGGCAGCCGCCUGGGACUUCAAAGAACCACUCGCGCCCGUGGAGACAAGCACCUUUGAGCGCUCUAUUCUCUUGAGCAAGGCGCAGAUGUUCGUGCUGCAGCGCAGCAAGGCGGUCGAGGCCUACCUCGGCACAUUGAGAGGUGUGCGCUUCGGCGUCGACUCGGACGAGACGGGCAUGUUCAUCAUCCGCGCGGAGGGCGGCAAGACCGCCGUCACUGCCCUUGAAACAUACCUCCUCGAGACAGCCAAGGCGGCCGUCUCCGUGGAGUGGCCUGCGUCGGCCAUGGGCUUCCAGCCCUCCGCUGGUGGCAUGUGGGCAGUCUCGACUGCGACAGGCGCGCUGAUCGAGGCUGUAGGGUGGACGAGCUACCGCGCUACCGCUGGGACCCUCGGGGCCGCCGAGGCCGCGCGAGAUGUCAUGCUGCGCGCCGGUGCGCGCUUCAAGGCAGCCAGUUUCGCUCCCUCUCUCCGCGCCCUUCUUCCCCCUCACGACCCCUCAUCCGAGACCCGCUUCUGCCUUAUGCCACACAAACCCGCUCGCCUCGCUCCGCUUCUGUGGUCGACCGAGCUGGCCAUCGCCGAGCGCCCGCUCUUCCGCCUCUCGCGGGUCGAGGGCCGCGCCGAGAGCGCCGGUGCGCGUGACCUGCGCCACCGGUCCGUCGAGAUCGCCGAUGCCCGCGUCAUCCCCCUCGGGAAGGGGGAAGCGGGCACGCUGGCCUCGGUGGUGGACGAGACGCUCGCCAAAGCUGCGCUUCCUGAGGCGGCGCGCACUCUCUCCUUCCGCUUCGGCCACGUCCUCACGCCGGGGACGAGCGCGCUGUCCCCGCCCGUCGAGGGCGCGUGGGCGCUCGAAGCGCCCGCCUCGCCAUGGCUCAAGCUCUCCAACACGGUCUUUGGCCCCUCUAUUCCGCCCGCCCUCAUCCGCUUCCCGCCCGCCGGGGCGCCGCAGCGCUUCCGCCGCGUAACGUACGCGGCCGACGGGAUGCGGUACGUCGCGACGUACGCGUACGCGAUGCCCGCCGAGCCCGAGGUGGCGGAGAGCGCGCGCGACUCGCGCCCCUGGAUUGUCGCGCUGGACAAGCAGCUCGCAUUGGCGAGGGAACAGGCGCUGGCGCGUGAGCGAGGGGACGACGUGCCGUUCGACUUCGAUGCGAUCAAAAGCUUGAUCGAGGAGGAGGCCAAGCCCGAGCCCGCGCCCCUCGUCGUGGGCGCGACUAUGGGGCGCGAGACGGCGCGCGACAUCAUCUUCCCGGACCGGCCGGUGGACGCGCGCAUCAUCGCGGCGAGCACGCACGAGUCCUCUGUGCCCGGCGAGUUGCAGAGCUUCUUCGAGCGAGUGCAUGCGAACGCGGACGCACAGAUCGACUUGGCGGACACGCCGGGGUUGCGGCGCGGCGUGGCGAGCGCCAAGCCCGCGCCGCGGGCCGAGAAGGCCGACGAGGAGGUGUACGAGGGAUACGAGGAGUGGGAGCAGGACGGGGAGUACGAGGACGAGUUCGAGCGCCCGCCCGAGCCCGUCAGGGAGGCGCCGGCGCCCGUCGACGACGCGCCGGACAUCCUCCCGCCCCGCACGGUGACGGUGGCGGGGCACGAGUUCGCGCUCGAGGCCGACGAGGUGCUCGAGGUCGUCGAGUCGAGCGUGGCGCUUGCCGCUCACGAGAGCGGGCAAGAGGGUAUGCAGCGCGCCGCGCUGCGUACCGUCGCAGCCGCCGAUUUGACAGGGCCCGGCGGCGUGCUGCGCUACGGGGAGGUGUAUGCCGAGCUGCCAGAGGCAGAAACACCCGUCGACCCCUCGAUCUGGCGCGAGCUCGCGAAUGCCACGCGCGAGAUCGCCCCCUCUGUAAGCGGGACACAAUUUGCAUCCAUUUAAUCUGCAUGUAUCACAUCUCAUGG